CUCUCUUCCGUGGCCUCUCCUCCGUGUCACCGGUGGGCACCGGCGCUUGCGCGACGAGUUCUCCGACUCACGCUGCUGCCUCUCAACAGUCCACCCGCCCGUCAUGUUUCCCGCUCGGCUGGACGCAAUGAUGUUAUCAGAUCCUACAGAUUGCUACAUCAGCGAUGGAAUUUGCAUCACCCAUCCAUCUUGUGGCAUGUUGCAGAUUUUCUCAGUAAAGUUAGCCAAACUUUAUUUGGAUGGUGGCUCAGUAGAGUUGUAUGGCUACAUAGCAGCACGGGAUGCUCUGGAUGCAUUGCUUAAUUAUGUUGUAAAUGUCAGCAGGGAUGAUCCCAUCGUCGUGGAGCAGGGUUCUUCCAUCGAAUUUGACAUGAGGAUCAAGACCGGAGAAGAAGAAAAGGAUGAUCUGCAACUGAUCGAUGGUGCAUCAGAAAUAUGCGGCGUGCCUUUACGGGAAGGUUGCACAUGGACAGAACGCAUCCAUGGCGAUUACGGCGCAAUCGAAUUGACCGCAGCAUAUCUUCAAGCUGCAGUGGAAGCGACCGUACAAGUCCUCGUAUCAGAAGUGCACAGCAGUUUCAAUCUGUGUCUCAGUUGUUUUAUUCGUGGGCUGGAUGAGGAACUCCGGCUCUUUGAUGGCAGCAUUGGCGAGUCAUGUGGGUUAAAGAGGUUUGUGGUUGCUGUGACGCAGCUUUCUUGGAUGGAUUUGAAGUUCAAGGUAGGCGCAGAGUCGUCCGGUUCAACUGAACAUUGGUGUUCCUUCAAAUCGUACUAUCAUGGGCAUGCUACUCGAGAGAUGAAGACUGGUUUUGGGUUGAUCUCGGUGAAGGUGACCUGGUCCACUUUGAAUAUUGAGGCUCCUUGAUUGCUUGGCAUUAGCUUUACUUCCAUGCAGAGGGGGAGUCGUGUUGGUGAGCGCGAGCGCCAUCUCGCCGGCGCAUUACUGUGGAUGGAAAGGAAAUCUCGUCAAAUGGUACUCAGGGGUAUUUGUUAGUUUUUGCAAGAAUAUGAGAACAGCUAGGUU